AUGUCUUUGCUUAUUUUGCUCCUGAUAGUAUUGUCGAUAUUCUUCUGCUGUCGAUUCUACUUGCAGCAUCCGAAACGAAGGGUUCCCAUCUCGGUCACCAGUGCAAAGCAAAGACCUCCAGUGGCGGGCAACCUCACGGCCCUGGAUUUCGGCAAGAUCAAGCCUUACCAAGGAGACCCGACCCGAGAUGUACCAGCAUAUUCACGCAGUUGGAAGGGCUCGCGCUAUCUGAUGACGAUGGGCAUACGCAAACUCGACGUCAAUGACUGGCUGAUCAUCGACGACUUGUAUCCAUCCGAACAUCGUGACAAAGUCGCACGUCUCCAGACGCCUGAGCGAGAAGUUGUCUUCCAGUAUUUGGAUGGUACUUACGAAGCUUGUCUAGAAGGGCUGGAGAUCAUCGUGCGGUAUCUCACGACCAGAUAUCCACACGUUUUUGUUCUCGAAGGAGAUUAUGUCGUAAACAACCUUAUGGGCGAACGAUACCGAAUUCAAGAGCCGAUGGACAAGCACCCGCUGGAAGUGGCCUCGCUGCUAGUGUACGAAGACGUACAUAUCCUGCAGGAGGGAUCAGACCAGCUCUAUUCCCUGCGAGCAUCAGCCAUGUCUUUUCCUCCGGGUUGGACGGCGGAAGAACGAAUCGGAAUGCCCAUUCGCGAAUUGCAUGCGCCCAUUCCGAUGUGGAAGGAAAAGUUGCAGGUUUCGAUGGAACGGUAUUUUGUCAACAUGAAAGUUGGCGGAGGUGUUCAGCGCAACAACCUGUUCAUGCAGCCGACGCACGAAAAUUAUCAUCCGGGCCGCUUGGACGCGUAUCCACCCUGUCAUUCUAUCAAGCAGGUCCAUCUGAGGAUGGAAUUACAGAGCUUGAUGCGCAUGCCAAAGACACGAGCCCUCCUCUUCACCGUUCACCCAUGGAUCAUCCCCGUGACGGACCUGGCCAACGAGCCAGACAAGCUCGAAAUCUUAUGGAGUCAGAUACGCACCUACCCUGAGAACUUCGCCGAAUACAAGCUACGACAUCUAUGGGGAGACGUCUUUGAAGAAUUUGCGAAGACGGUAUUGAACAAGGCCAGCCCGCACCCGCGAGAUGAAGAAGGGGGAAACUCAAGUGCCCGUGCCCCUUCGAAACCGGCAAUAGGUUUCUAG